CUGAAAUUUUGUGUCUGUCGAUAAGCCUAGCAGUAGCAGGGGAGGGAAAGAAAGGGAAAUUUGCCACAAUUACAAAUCAGGUUUCAUCGCUGUUCUAGGGUUUGGUUCUGCCUUCAAUUUUGAAUUUGAAGUUGCAUGUUUUUUUGGUGUAAGGGUAGUAGAUAAAAACGCUCAAAAUUUUGACCAAGUUCGAUGGAUUAUUAUGUUUCCCAACAUUCGCAAUUGGAGUCUGACACUUCCGCCUACAAUGUUGGGCAAAAAGAUGAAUGUUAUCAAAUAGGGCAUGGUUUUGAUGCCAAUGAUGACCUAGAUAGCAACGUAAAGCCCUCCUUCAAUCGUCGCGAUUCAUCUUCAGGAAAACUCUUCGUUGGAGGCAUAUCUUGGGAGACUUCUGAAGAGACAUUUUUUAAAUACUUCAGCAAAUACGGAGAAGUAAUAGAUUCAGUGAUAAUGAUGAAUAAACAUUCUGGAAGGCCGCGGGGAUUUGGAUUUGUAACAUUUGCUGAUUCAGCUGUUGCUGAUGAAGUUUUGGCACAGGAGCAUACCAUAGAUGGCAGAGUGGUUGAAGUCAAGAGGACAGUCCCUAGGGAGGACAUGGAAGCUACUGGGGUAUUAAAAACAAAGAAGAUCUUUGUCGGUGGAUUACCCCAGUUUUUCACUGAUGAUGAGUUGAAGGAAUACUUUUCACCUUAUGGUCAUAUUGUUGAGUGCCAAAUCAUGCUAGAUCAUAAGACUGGGCGAUCUAGAGGCUUUGGAUUUGUCACCUUUGACAGUGAAGAUUCUGUUGAUAAUGUUUUUUCAGUGGGAAAAAUUCAUGAACUUGGAGGCAAGCAGGUUGAGAUUAAGAGAGCUGAGCCCAAAAGAUCUGGAGUUGAUUACGGCAGCACCUCCCGAAAGUCAUAUGGUGGUUUUGACAAUGGAAUGGAUGGAUUUGGUGGGCAUAAUUCUAGAGGUCAUAAUCAUGGAAAAAAGGGUGUACAGUGUACAGCUUCUGGGAUGAAUGGGGCAUAUAGCCAUUUUGAGGGGAGCUAUAGUGGAAGCUCUGCUGCUGCUUAUGGUGGCUAUUGUGGAUAUGGUUAUGGAUUUGGAUAUGGUGGGCCAAUGUAUUGCUUUGGCGGUUAUGGAGUCAAUUCUUACAGUAAUCUUGGUGGUUAUGCUGGCAUUACUGCCUAUGGAGAUGGUAAUGCAUAUGGAAGAACUGGUGGUUUCAAUCGCACUGGUGGCUAUGACAGUGGCAAAGUGGCUGAGAAGGAUGAUGGUCCUAUUGCUGGAAGAUACCAUCCUUACUGGAAGUGAUUGGUUUUCCAAUGUUUGCAAACCUUACCCUUCCCCCCAAAAGUUGUGGCUGCGCCAGCAGUAUCACCCCUCAGGUUUGCUUGAGAUAUCAUUCAGAUCGGGAGUUGGAAAACAGAAAAAGUAUAUAUGUUGUAUCUAUAGAUUUUGCAAAAUUUAUGGUUUAUUUCUUUGAUAAGGACAAAACGAGUUUUUGGAAUUGUCAGUGUCAUAUAAUGGAAGUUCCCAAGACGCUGGUAUUGGCUACCAAAUCAUAUAUACACUUAAAUUUCUCACUGCAACUAUGUUAAAUGACAGGUUUAUUCUAAAUCCUGUCGGUGGACAAGGGUAUUCCGGAGCCAAAACGAACUGACCACUAUUAAUUCAA